UUCCAGAUAGAAAACUAUAUAAUGCUUUCUCUCUGUUUAUUCCCGAACAUUAAUAUCAACUGACAAGGAUUCACAAAGAAUGCAGAUCUCUUACAAGUUCCUCCUCCUCGGCAUCAUCUUAAUUGUUGCGCCGUUGUCAAAUAUCAACGCAGAGUUCAGCAGUGACCUUCGUAUAAUUAUAACUGUCACAAACGAUAUAAGCCAUGGGAAAUUUUUAAAUGUUGUGAAAAAUGUGGCAAAGGAUGUUGCCCCCUUUUUUAAUAUAUUCUCCUCCGUUGUAAAACUGAUAUUUGGCAUUUCUUCAACUCCGACCGAUUCUCUUGAGCUCAAACUUUUACGAAACCUUUCCGACACAAUAAACAGAAGAUUUGACCAGGUAGACGCCGAAUUUUCUGAUGUCACUCGAUUGAUCCACUGGACAACUUCGCAGACUGUUUAUUCAGAUCUGGAGGCCAAGAUCCAUGUUGUUUCCGAACAAUUUACUCGAAUAUUUCAGGUACCACAGUCAGGAUAUAACGAACAAAAGAAUUUAUUUCUCCACAGCUAUGAGACUGAUUAUCUUGAUAGUGGUUCCAAAUUGUUUGCAGCGUUUAUGUUCGAUAAUGGCUUAAUUAGUAAAGGUUUGAUAAGACCAGCAAUGAAGUACACGGAAAAUGAUAGAGGCAAGAUGAGAACAUUCAUGAUUGGCAUAUUGAAAUUGCUUCUUGUUUCGGCAAAACUAGAAAUAGGAUACCUGACUCUGAAAGGAUAUGACAACGUUAUUCCAUUCUAUACUCAGCAAUGGAACAAUCGAAUUGGACAGGUUCAAAAUAAAAUGCAAAUGGUUGAUUUAGAAUUAGAAAACAUAUAUUACAGCCAAUCACUCCAGGACAUUGAUAGAUUUACACUUGACAAUGUGAAUGUUGACUAUGCAAAUUUUAAUAUUUACAUUUCCAAUCGUUUGUACGAUAAACUUUCAACGAAAUAUUUCUGGCGGGAUUGGCUUGUCAUAGUACACGAACAUGCACGCGGUGUAUAUUCACACUCCCAUGUCUGCAAAGGAAUAAUGAAAACAGCUCACGGAAAGGAUAUCGUGAUUGAUAGCGUCCAAAAAGAUAAACCAUAUUUAAAUAUUACCGUUGCUGAACUCCUAUACAAGUCUUUACAGAAAACGUGCCAAAACACAGCAGAAUACAUUCCAUGUGCACAGGUAGAUCAUUGUUCGUACCCUUACUACAGUUGUGGUGGCUCCAGUACUUGUUAUGAUUACCUAACCGGGAGCAGACCAUGUCGAAGAAUAAAACGCUGUGGAAGUUAUGAGAAUUCUAAAAAUGCAGACACUAUCUACAGUUGGUUCAGUGCAAACGCCGUAUCUUGUUCUGCAUUUUCUUCUUUGGGAAUCAUGCCGAUUGGUCAAAGAGCAUAUCAUGCAGGCCCUACAGGGACUGGAAAUUCAUCAAGCCGAUUUUUUCUUGGAGAUUUAAGUCCAUGUAAUUACAAAGUACAUUUCUUUGACUAAAUUAUAAUAAUUUUAAUAAAAAAAAUAACAACAUACAAAGCAUUUUCAUAAUUCAGUUUUCUAAUUCCAAUUUGCCUCAUGAUAUGUACAUGUACAAGGC